UGGCUGGAGGGGGACGCCGGCGCUGGGGAGAGCGCUGCGCCGCGGGCCGCUGAGGGAACGCAGGGGCCGCCGCUGCUGGCCGUUUCCAGCCUUCGCGGAGAGGAUUCCUGCAUUCUAAAGGAAAAUUAAGCUUGGUUGCAGCAUAGCUACACUCUAGAUCAACUGUGAUAUUGUAGCUCCUCUCAACUUUACAUUGGCCUCCUCUGUCCCUUGCCCUUACUUAUUAGGGUGGUGUGGAAAUUAAAAUAACACAAGUAUUUUUACCGGGGCUUUGAUCAAGCAAAUGCUCAAAAGCCAUAUAAAGAAGAUACUUAACAGUCAUUUCUCAACAAUUAUAUAGUCAACUGAUGUAACAAUGGUACUAAUAUUGGGACGAAGACUAAACAGAGAGGAUCUUGGGGUGCGUGAUUCCCCAGCUACUAAACGUAAAGUUUUUGAAAUGGACCCUAAAUCUCUGACAGGCCGUGAGUUUUUUGACUUCUCUUCAGGAUCAUCCCAUGCUGAAAACAUACUCCAGAUAUUCAAUGAAUUCCGAGACAGCCGCUUAUUCACAGAUGUUAUCAUUUGUGUGGAAGGCAAAGAAUUUCCUUGCCAUAGAGCUGUUCUCUCAGCCUGCAGUAGCUAUUUCAGAGCUAUGUUUUGUAACGACCACAGAGAAAGCAGAGAAAUGUUGGUUGAGAUUAAUGGUAUUUUAGCUGAAGCCAUGGAAUGUUUUUUGCAGUAUGUUUAUACUGGAAAAGUAAAGAUCACUACAGAGAAUGUACAAUAUCUCUUUGAAACAUCAAGCCUCUUUCAGAUUAGUGUUCUCCGUGAUGCAUGUGCCAAGUUCUUAGAGGAGCAACUUGAUCCUUGUAACUGCUUAGGAAUCCAGCGCUUUGCUGAUACGCAUUCCCUCAAAACACUCUUCACAAAAUGCAAGAAUUUUGCAUUACAGACUUUUGAGGAUGUGUCCCAGCAUGAAGAAUUUCUUGAGCUUGAUAAAGAUGAACUUAUUGAUUAUAUUUGUAGUGAUGAACUUGUUAUUGGUAAAGAGGAGAUGGUUUUUGAAGCCGUCAUGCGUUGGGUCUAUCGUGCUGUUGAUCUGAGAAGACCACUGUUACAUGAGCUCCUGACACAUGUGAGACUCCCUCUGUUGCAUCCCAACUACUUUGUCCAAACAGUUGAGGUGGACCAAUUGAUCCAGAAUUCUCCUGAGUGUUAUCAGUUGUUGCAUGAAGCAAGACGGUACCACAUACUUGGGAAUGAAAUGAUGUCCCCAAGGACUAGGCCACGCAGGUCAACUGGCUAUUCUGAGGUGAUUGUUGUCGUUGGAGGCUGUGAACGGGUUGGAGGAUUUAAUCUUCCAUACACUGAGUGUUAUGAUCCUGUGACAGGAGAAUGGAAGUCUUUGGCUAAGCUUCCAGAAUUUACCAAAUCAGAGUAUGCGGUCUGUGCUCUAAGGAAUGACAUUCUUGUUUCAGGUGGAAGAAUCAAUGGUCGUGAUGUGUGGAUUUAUAACUCACAGUUAAAUAUUUGGAUCAGAGUUGCUUCUCUAAAUAAAGGCAGAUGGCGUCACAAAAUGGCUGUCCUCCUUGGUAAAGUAUAUGUUGUUGGAGGCUAUGAUGGGCAAAACAGACUUAGCAGCGUGGAAUGUUAUGAUUCCUUUUCAAAUCGAUGGACUGAAGUUGCUCCCCUUAAGGAAGCAGUGAGUUCUCCUGCCGUGACUAGCUGUGUAGGCAAAUUGUUUGUGAUUGGUGGAGGACCUGAUGACAAUACUUGUUCUGAUAAGGUUCAAUCUUAUGAUCCAGAAACCAAUUCUUGGCUACUUCGUGCAGCUAUCCCAAUUGCCAAGCGGUGUAUAACAGCCGUAUCCUUAAACAACCUGAUAUAUGUUGCUGGUGGGCUGACCAAGGCAAUAUACUGUUAUGAUCCAGUUGAAGAUUACUGGAUGCAUGUACAGAAUACAUUCAGCCGACAGGAAAACUGUGGUAUGUCUGUGUGUAAUGGUAAAAUAUAUAUCCUGGGUGGAAGACGGGAAAAUGGAGAAGCCACAGACACUAUUCUCUGUUAUGAUCCUGCAACAAGUAUCAUCACAGGGGUAGCUGCAAUGCCCAGGCCAGUGUCCUAUCAUGGCUGUGUGACUAUUCAUAGAUACAAUGAAAAAUGCUUUAAGCUCUAAAGCCGGGAUACCUCACCCAAGAAGCCACACCAAUCCAAGAUGAGAGGUUUGAAAAACUCCAGAGUGGGAACUUGACAUAUCUCCUUUGUGCCAUGUACGCAAAAAAAGUAAAGAUAAUAAUUGUGGUGCCUUUCCCCCCAAAAUAACCUUUCAAACUGUAAUAAAGCCUUUCCUGUAAUUGGGAAAAAAAAUUUUGUUGUUUUUGAAAGUAAUAGUGGUUAUUGCUUGGGUUUUGAGAGUGUACCUUUGUAAGUAUUUGUAAGGAACUUAUGUGGAGUCAGAAAUAAUGUCUGCCUGAAUAACUUUUAGGAAUUUGUGAAUGGUUUCUUCAUUUAUGUACGUUUAUCUGCAAGCCUAUAUAUUCUUUGUCAUAUUAUGUAUAGAAAACUGCAUGACUUAGGCUUCGUUUAGGUUGGAUCACAUAAUGCUUAGAAUGCAUUCUAAGAGGGGAAAUCAGUUUCAAAAAUCUUUUUCACUAAAGAUAUAUCCAACCUGAUUAAUUUUAUUGAAAGUUUUUUCAGUAAUUGAUAAAAAUGUAGUAACAAUUUGAGUAUCAUAAAGUACUGAAUUAUCAUGACUUACUUCUUAGAAUUGUUGUCUUGUAUUAAACAUAUUUUUGGAAGAACAUUGGGUAGGAGAUAGAAAUGCAAAUGCCCCUAAAAUGGGGAUUAAAAUUAUAGGUUUAUUCCUAAGAAAAAAAUUAUAUAAGACCAUUGAAGGGGAAAAUGACCACUGUGGCUCUCAAAGUAUUUAUGUAUCAUCUCCAAAUCCUCUAAGGAAGCACCUUUUCUUGAACCCGGCAAAAGAGUUGAAAUCCACAUUGCAAGAUUAUUUUGUGGAAAAUGGGGACAAAUUUUCUCCCUAGCCCAGUAGGGUUUGACUUCAUUAGUAUGGUGCUUUGGGUGAGGUCCUCUUCCCUGGUUAUCCUCCUUUCCUGUGAACAGGUAAAAAUCUUGGAGUCUCCACUGUUAAGUUGCCUUUGAAGGAUAAAGCAGGGACCACCUAUCAGUGGGUCCAUUUUUCUUUUAAAAUUAGCUAUCCAAAAAACUAGCAUCAUUAUUUGCAGUUUAAGAUAAAUCUUUCAUUUGGUACCCAUUGUGGAAAAUACUGGUCAACAUUCUCAAGCUUCUAUACAACAAACAAGUUGCCUUUGUCUAGAUUUUUCAACUCCAUCCAGUUUAUAAGCUUACUAGUUUUCAGAAAGGAAUGUAAAUUUUUUUUCUAAGGCAAAUGGAAUGGCAGGAACUGUAGCAAAGUGAUUACUGUUAUUCCUGGGUAAACAGAUAUAAUUUACAACAUUUGAGGGACGUUCCAGGGAUGUUUCAGGUAGCCUGCUGGAUUUCAACUUCCCAGGCACUAUUGUCGUCUCACAUCAUAAUUAUAUACUCCUGUCACAGGAGAGAUGAUGCAAAUAUGUGACUAUAGUGUCACCAGAUUUCUAUUAUAACCAAGUUAGUAAUCAAAAACCUAACAUUGAUAAACCACUUUUGUUUUCUCAUCUUAGAAUGAUACAGAGAUUUCUAAUAAAUUAUACGGCAUCAACUUCAGUGAUUAGCUGGAAUCUGAAUUCUGAGAAAAGCUCUAAAGAUCUUACAAAUUUUUAGGAAAUUUUAAUUUUUCAAAUUAUAAUUUGAAAUGAUAUGUACCUUUUUGAGAUAAUUAUCAGAGCAAUUCAGAAAACAAUUUUCUAUCAUUUUAGUUGAAAGGCAAUUGUACAUAUAAUUGGGACACUUGUUUGAUUUUUAGAAAAAACAUCUACUUCUGCAAUAUGCCUUUUGUAGAUAAUGGAAAUUAUUUAGUUCAGAAAUUCUUUGCGGUAGAUGAGAUAAUGUAUGAGAAAAGUGUUUUGUAAAUGCUAAGGAUUAUACAAAUGAUACUUGUUAUUUUCAUGUGUAUUUGUAAGGUUGUGCCCAUAAUACAGACACUUCACACAAAAAAAAUCUUCUCAAGAUAACUUGUAUCCAUAGUACUUUUGUCUAUUGUAAAAGUGUUAACUAUUUACUUGUAUUUCAUCUUACAUUUAUUUUUAAUAUCCAUGUGUUUAUUGUACUAAAUUUGAAAUGAAAUUCUAGAAAACAAUUUUGUUUAAACAUAGACUUCAUACCAAUAUCAUUUAAUUUUUCUACAUGAUUUAAAACUAAGUAGGCCACCAAGAACUUAGCUUGGAUCCUAUGAAAUUAACAAUUUUUGAAAUUACCCAACUGAUAUUUCAAUAUCCUUUAACUGUUUAUCUUUCUUUAGUGAUUAUUGAUAAAUAAUGGUGUUAGCAUUGAUAAAAAAGAAUUUUAGGGUAUAAUUAGUAUAUCAAAAUAUCAAAAGGGAUUCAUAAACCAAAUUGUGACAGAUUAUAUUCAUAGUGUCAUCACAUAGUUGACAGGCUUUCUUUUGAUAGGAGAUGCUCACAUAAGCUUUGGGUUAGUAUGUAUGUAUAUACAUGUGUCUAUAGAUAGAUAGUAUGGUUAUGUACACACAUAUAUACAAACACCAAGAAAUUGAUCAGUUUGUGAUGAUCAGAAAGAAGCACAUAAAGUAAAAAUUGGUUGACCUUAUUAAAUUCAAUUCCAGAAGAUUUUUUUUUAUUUGGGCAUUUCUAUCAUUCGUUUUUACAUUUGAAAGUACAUGAUGAGGAGCACCUGGCUGGCUCAGUCAGUAGAGCAUGCAACUCUUGAUCUUGGGGUUGUGAGUUCAAGCCCCACGUUGGGUGUAGAUAUUACUUAAAAGAGUUUGAAAGUACAUGAUGAGUGUUAGUGUAAUAAAUCGCAUACAGUCAGAAUCUGUAUAAUACAUAAAGUUUCACAAGAUCAGAAAACAAAUUGGAGGUAGAGACGAGUUUGCUAAACCCAGCUGUGAUACCUCAGUGGGAAAAGGAAUUCAAGUGUAUGUUUGUGGAUCAACAGGAAAGUAUAGUUGUUUUUUGUUCAUGAACAUGUGUUUUCCUAUGUAUGAGUGAGCUAUAAAGUGGUCUAAUUUUUACAACAGAAGACCUUCUUUUUCUACUUUAAUCUUCCCACUGACUACUGCACAGGUAUGAAAUAGUAGCUUAUUGAAUUUUCAGUAACCUUUUUUUCCCCCUAGAUGACUGAAAUAUAGAUAUUUACUCCAUUUAAACCAGGUGUUAAGGAAAAAAAUGAUGUAAAUACUCAGGGAGGGUAUUAACUUGUCAUUUUUGCCUAUUUGGUGUGUUUAAAAUGCCAUAACUAAAUAACCUUCAGUUCAUGAUUCGAGAGUAAAUUUAAUUUGGUUAAGGGGCUUCACACAGGCGGUGGUUGAACAUUCAUUCUUUUAUAUUUAGAAAGAUGAAAAUGUUUUGUGGACUGAUACAUUUUCUCUUAGUGAAUAUGAAUUGUUUAUGUAUCUCUACUGUCAUACACCCUUUUGAAACUCAGGAAAGACAAAGGUUCAAUUAUACUACUUUUGUCAAUAUGCAAACCAGGUGUGUGUGUUUCUUUUCCCUGUUGUCUGGAUAUGGCAAAUAGAUUUUUUUUUUUUUUUUAAAGAAUUGCUGUGAGAACCCAUACAUGAAAGGAGAGGGGUUAAAUAGUUGUGUGUGCCUUGUGUGUCUUGAGAUUUGUAUGUGGAAAAGACAUCUCCAGACUGUAUUUUCAAAGAGAAGAGAUAACUAUUUAUGUGGUGCCAAGUGUUAAGAUAAUGUCUCUUAAAGGCUUCCUGUGGAAGCCUUUAUUUUACUAAACUCAAGACACCAGUUAACCUCAACACAAUUUUGGCCUUAUUAGAAUUUCUUGUGCAUUAUUUUGAAAGGCAGGUUUACAUCACCUCACCCCAUUAUUCUUUGUAGUUAAAUAAAUAAAUUCACCAUAUCAAGUAACCAGAAGGAGGGCAAUUUGGUGGCCUUUUAAAAGGUUGGACUAGGUAGCUAUACUUAUUGUCACAUCUAAUGCUAGACACCAGAAACCAUUGAGCCAGAGUGUGAAUUGAUGAUUCCAGAGACAUUUUCAACAUACUUCAGACAUUUUUUAAUGUUUUUAUGAAUGUUUUACAUUUGUGUGAUGGCCUUAGAUAUUAAAUUUACUUAGUGCUAAAGAUCAUCAUAAGUAAUUUUUUUAAAAACAGCAGUAGUCAUAACUUAUUUUAUAUAUUGUUCCAAAGAAAAGAAUUUGUUUUAAUGUUUUCAAAAUAACUGCAUCUGAAUUUGUUUAUGUGCCUUAAGUUCUCUAGUGAUAUUUCAGUUUUGUUUUUUUUUUUUUUGUUUUUUUUUUUCAUUCUAAACAAAGCUUACCUUCAGUGAGUUUCAUAUCUGUUUCCUACAGAGUAAAUAAACUUCCCUUCUUCUUAAAUUUUUUAACGAGCACCAUGUGGUUGCUUGGCAGAAUGAGGAUGUUAAGAAAUGUUGAGUGUUUGGAGUUUUAUUAUAUUUUGGGAGUAUUGUUUGUUUUUGUUACCAAGGUGCUUUCUAAGAUACUCAGACAAACAUCUAACACUGAUUAAAACUUUGUAAAAUGUCAUUUACGAUAUCUACAUCUAAUGUCAAAAAUGUAAACACACUUAUUUUUGUUCCAUUCUUAUGUACUUUUUUUUUUCCUCCUACAGGCUUUUUCUUUUAUCUUUCUUGAAAAAGUUCUUAUUCUUCCUUUCCCCAUCAUCCCUCCCCAUAGUUUCUUUAUUUAAAUCUUUGAGAAUUUCUGGAGCUAAGACAACAUAAUUAUAGAGUUGAAAAAAAGCAUAAUAUGCUUUCCAACUUGUACAGACCUAUGGCAGCCAAAUGUCAUUCACUUUUAGUGAGAGGCUCCAGAAUCUCCACAGUGAAAACAAAAAUGCUUUGUACUUCUUUGUUCUCAAUUCAGUUGUAGCACAUUAAUUCGUGUAUGUCUUGUUUAAAUAUACUUUGUGCAUAGUUUCUUUAAUUUUUUAAAAGUUGUAUCUAAUAAAAUGUCUUUUAACCAUUAUUAUUUGACUAUACAGUUGUAUUAAAUUUUGUUUACCAAAAA